CAGUGAAUCGACUGAUCGACACGAGGGUCCUGGGGAACCCGCACGACUUCAACGGUGAGCCUGGCACGUGGCGUGACUGGAGCACGAUCUUCCGUGCCUAUGCCAGCGCGUGCGAGCCAGCCCUGAUGGACCUCAUGGAGAACGCAGAACGCUCGGACGAGCCGGUGCUGAACGCCACGCUGCCAGAUGAGCACGUGCGACUCAGCAGCCAGCUCUACUAUAUGCUAGUCAUGUUGAACAAAGGCCUCUCGCUCGACCGCAUAGUCAGUGCUGGAGUGAACGAGGGGCUGGAGGCUUGGAGGACACUUGUUGUGUUUCAUGAGCCUCAGAGUCGGACCCGGGCAGCAGGAUUGCUACAAGAGUUGCUCUCGUGGGAUUUCGAAGGUGAUGUCCCGUCGAAGCUGAUUUCGUUCGACAGGAACGUAAAGCGCUACGAGCAAGCUGUCAGCACCGGGUUUCCCGACGAGAUCAAGAUAGGCAUCCCGGUCCGAUCGCUCAAGGAAGGCCCGCUACGGCACCACCUGCUGCUCAACAGUCAGCGCCUCGACACGUGGGAGCUGGCGAAGGCGGAGGUGGAGAACCUCAGGCAGGCCCAGAUCGCGACGACGGCGAGUGCGGGCACAGGUGUAGCACCGAUGGACCUCGACUCACUUGCGAAGCAGCUGGCAGCUCUCGGCUUCAAGGGUGGCAAGAAUGGCAAGACCGGCGGCGGCAAGGGUAAGACCAGCACGACCUGCCCGGUCGCAAUGAGGGCUGGCGCCAUGGGCGAGAUGGCCGAGCCGGAGCCGCCCGAGGGCCUGGGCGGCCUCUUCCUGGCGGCGCUCGACCUAUCGGCCGUGUCCUCGAGCAGCGAGACAGUGCGCUUCGGGGUCGACUCAGGCGCGGCGGUCACGGCGAUCCCGCGCUCGCUGUGGACUGACUACCCGAUCACGGAGAAGCCGUCGGGAGCGCAGUACCUCAGUGCGACGGGUGAGCCGAUCCGAGACGAGGGUCAGCGCAAGCUCAUGGUGCAGACUGGUGGUGCGUUGCGUGGCACUAGGGCCCGUGUCACGGGCGUCAGGCGACCGCUGCUCUCGGUCUUCGACCUGGUGAAGAGCGGCCAUCGCGUGGUCUUCGAGCAGGGCCAGCACGGCAAUGACAUCAGCCGCGCCGUCCACAUCGAGAGCGGCAAGACAGCCCGCUUCACGCGGGGGCAGCGUGCGUGGGACCUGGACGUGAACAUCGUGCCAACAAAGGAGGUCGCCCAGAUGUCCCAGACACUCGUGAAGGGGGUGCCGCUCUGCUCGGUCGAGGGUUGCAGUGGCUGCGACAGGCUAUAUAGCAAGAAGCGUUUGUGCCCGUUCGGGCGGCAGUGGUACCUCAUGGAGUUGAUGAUGGACAAGUUGCGACCAUCGAGAGCCACUUUGGUCCUGUCGCAGGCGACCCUGUCCCGCCAGGUGGAGACGCCGUGGCAGGGGGCGACGGAGUUGGAAGUACAAUCGAGCUCGAGGGUGGCGUCGAGGAGCGUCACGAGUCUCAGUCUGCUCCGGUGCGAGCGCGACGCGGGCCGAAGGAACCUGCUCAGGCAGACCUCGAGCAACGCGAAGCAGCAGGAGGAGAUGGAGUUCCUGCGCGGCCUGGGCGCCUACGUGUACGACACCAAGCAGCACUGCCGCGAGGAGGCCGGGGGCGACCCGGUGCCCGUGAUCUGGGUGGACGUCAACAAGGAUGACGACCGCAAGCCCAACGUCCGCUGCAGGCUGUGCGUGGCAGAGACACGCUACCGCGCGAGCAUGGAUUUGGGGGGCCCCUCGCAGACGUUUAGCGCGACACCCCCGUAUGAGGCACUCAGGAUGUUGAUUUCCUUUUGCUGCUCGCCCAGGAACGCCGAGGAGGACCAGCACGUCCUCAUGUUCCUGGACAUUACGAGGGCUCACCCGCACUGCGAGAUGAAGCGGAAGUUGUGGGUGAAGCUGCCGUCGGAGGGAUCCCGCUCAGCUGACCCCGACGUGCGCGGGCUGCUGGUCAGGUGUCUCUACGGCUGCCGCGGCGCAGGCCAGAACUUCGAGCUGCUGGUCCGUGAGACGCUGGAGGGCAAGAUGGGUUUCUCCUGUGGCGUGUGGUGUCCCCGCAUAUACCGCAGAGGCGACAGCAAGCUCGUGGCCUACGUCUGCGGCGACAACUUCGUGCUGAAGGGCUCCCGCGCUGACAACUUGGAGUUCUACCGCGAGCUGCAGGAGUGCAUGUGGGUCAAACUCGAGGGCAUGUUGGGGCCCAACAAGAGUGCUGGUGAUGUUCAGGAGGUGGUCUGUCUGAACCGCAUGUUCCGUUGGACCUCGAGAGGUGUGAAGUCCAAGAGCGUGGAUCGUGGCAGGGUCCUGGAGGGCGAGGAGGCGACUCGCUACCGCAGCCUGGUUAUGCGAGCCAGCUACCUCAGCGAGGACCGCCCGGACAUCAAAUACGCAGUGAAGGAAGCAGCGAAGUGCAUGCGCGAGCCGUGCGAGCACGGCGUGGCUGUUCCAGAGGUUCCGCCGCCAGCGUGCUUCUCGGACAGUGACUUCGCGGGCUGCCUGGGAACCAGGAAAAGCACGAGCUGUGGAGUCUUCCAGCUGGGAGACCACAUGAUCAAGGUCUUCAGCCCGACUCACGGCAGCGAGGCUCUCAGCUCGGGUGAGGCCGAGUGGUGCGCUCUAGUGCGCGCCGCGUCUUGUGGGGUCGGUCUGGUCUCGCUGGCGCGCGACGUGGGGUGCGAGCUGGAGUUGUGUUUGGCUGGCGACGCUACGGCGGCCAGCGGGGUAGCUCACCGCCGAGGGGCGGGGCGCAUCCGACACAUCGAGACGAAGACUUUGUGGCUCCAGCGCCGCGUGGCCGAGCGUCGAGUCAUCCUUUCCAAGACGCUCGGCAAGGUCAAAGUAGCAGAUCUCGGCGCGAGGCAUCUGGCGCAGAAGGAGCUAGAUGAGAUGCUGGGGCUGCUUGGAUUUUUCGUGGCUGCGGGCAAGUCUGGCCUCUCUCUCGCGGGCAAAGAGGAGGUGCAGGCAUGA